AUGGACUCUGGCUCGGCAGCUGCCCAAGCACUACGAGAGUCUUUCGGGGACCGCAGACCCAUUGACAUCAGUCGGAAAAUUACUGCCUGCGUUGCUUGUCGGAGGCAGAAAAUCAAAUGCCAGAUGACAGAUGCAAGCCCUCCUUGUACUCGAUGUAAGAAGCGCGGACUGUCGUGCGUCGUCAAUCGGAGCCUCCAGACGCUUCUUGAGAGUGAUGUUACAUGGAAAAGCAACGUCGAGCAGAAACUCCGUAUGCUACAAGACUCGAUCGACCAGAUAACUCAGAAUGUUAUAGAGCCGCCACCACAACGCAUCCCGACCCAAGUUCGACCCGAGUCAGGGCAGUUAGAUGCGACAGGCACUGUCAAUGCUGAAGGUCCUGGACAAGAGGAGCAAGGCUGGGAGGUCGUGAUGGACCUCAACAAAGGCCCAGCUGUGGUCCCUGCAUCUUGCGUGUUUGAACUGUCUACCUCAACAUCCAGACCAGGACUUGAUCAGCCUUCUGCUGACAACAAUGAUCUGAUCAACUGCGGUAUCAUUGGGCUUGACGACGCCGAGGCCUUUUUCAGCUUGUACAUUCGACGUCUCGAUCAUUUCCUCUACGGUAUCCUUGCCGAGCACGACUCUUUGGCUAGCGUCCGAAAAAGCUCGUCUCUCUUGACUGCCGCGAUCUGUGCGGUUGCCGCACUCCACACUCCAUCCCCCCUUUACCAAGCAUGUUACAAGCAUUUUGUCAACUUGGCUUCGUCUCGGAUGUUCUCCAAGACGAACAGUCACGAUGAUGUGCGCGCUCUCUGCAUAGGCGCAUUUUGGCUAAGCGAUAUAUCCUGGGCUCUUGUUGGAACAGGAGAACUAAACCUACACCGCUGUAUACCCAAAGCUCCUCAUACAAAGAAAGCCUGUUACCUACGCACUCGGCUCUACUAUCUUGUGUAUGUCUGUGACCAUCAUUUCUCCAUCGCCUACGGCAGGCCACCGUUGACUCGGGAUUUCGCCUCUAUCACAUCCCCCGCGGAGUUCCUUAAAUCCCAAUAUGUAACCGAGGAUGAUGUGAGGUUGGUAAGUCAGGUGGAAAUCUGGUCAAUCAGCACUCGCGUCUUUGAUCAGUUUGGCCUUGACCCCGAGGCUCACCUUUCCGACUCGUUGACGCCUCAACUCCGACGGUUGAGUAUCGCGUUGGACACUUGGAGAGCCGACUGGAACGAACGGUUUCAGGGCUCGCAAUAUAGAGGGAACUAUCCUCGCAAAGCGGCUGACCUACACUAUUAUUUCGCGAAGCUGUUCCUCUAUUCGCACUUGUUUCGAGGGGCAACCCUAGCGGAAGCACAGCGUCAUCGGCAUCAGCAUCAGCCGCUGGACCCGGACCUCGAGGAAUUCGCCAGCUUCGCCAUUCACGCUGCCACUUCGAUUCUGCGUAUCGUCGUGGCCGACCAGGAAAUACAGUCUUACCUUCCAGGGCUCCCGGCGUAUUUCGACACAAUGAUCGCCUUCGCCUUUGUCUUUCUUCUCAAGACGACGAUCAAGAACCCAGCCAACGUACAGAUCGACAAGGUGGCAGUGUCGGAAACACUGGAUGCAUUAGCCACCGUCUUAAAGGACGUCACCGUCACCACGCACCCUCGGCAUCUACUGACCAGCAUUGCGAGCAGCAUGCGCAAGUUACUCGACCGAUUCCUGCCGAAACAAGGGCAGGGGCAACAGGCAGACGCAGACGGCACAGAAUUGACAGACCAUUUGGGUUCUGGUCCUGGUCCUGGUUCUGGUUCUGGUCGGUCUGCUCUUCUGGAUAUGAAUCCAGACGACCAGUGGCUUAGUCCGGCCGACGCAACGUUUCUGGAACACUACGACUUCUUGUAUUCCCCUUCUGCCAACGCCGAGUUUGACUUUGGCAUUGACCUUGGCUCGGGUGUACACGCGCAAUAG